AUGUCUCUAAACAGCUACCUCAACAGGAAAGUAUGCCUGAUCCUCGUUGACGGCCGUUGCAUGGUCGGCAACCUCAUAUCCUGUGAUAAUGUCACCAACCUCGCUCUGGAGAAUUGCGUGGAGCGCAUAAUCAGAUCGCCGGACGAGGAGGAGCCGAGUGAGGAGGAGCCCAGGGGGUUGUUUAUGGUUCGGGGGGACAAUGUGGUGGUGUGUGGGUUGGUGGAUGAGGAGUUGGAUGGGAGUAUUGAUUGGACGAAGGUCAAGGGCAGUGAGAUUGGAACGACGAAGCAUGUAUGA